AGAAGCAGAUGAUCAAAGAGAAGAAGAAACACAAGCAGCCUAGCUCUCCAGGCGGCAGGCUGGCUAGUUUCUUGAAUUCCCUCUUCAGUCAAACACAUUUAAAGAAGAAAAAAUCGAAAUCUGGCAGCACGAUGAAGGAUAGCUUGGAAGAAGAAAGCCCUGGCGGAAGGAGGAAAAGACGAAGCAGCAUUAGCCAUUUUAGAAUCACAAGCAGCACUAUCAGUAGUACUGCUGCGAGCACUGAUUCCAAGUCAUCGUUGUUCUCAUCGUCGAGUUCGGGGUUCAGAACACCUCCUCCUUACGCAAAUACUCCCACAAAAUCAUACAAGGAAUUCAGAAACUUGGCUGAUCUCCAGCAGGAGAUUUCCAGGACUCAAAACAGUGGGAAUUUCAGGCCCACAUUGGAGAAAGCGCUGUUUGCGGAGAAAAAGGUCACAGACUACGCCUGGAUGGAAGAAAAAUACAGAAUCAGCAGCGGCGAUCCAGGGAAAAAUUCCAGGAACGGGAAUCCCGCGGCGGGGAUUCCAACCAGGAAUUCCACCACGAACUGGGAAUUCAGGAAGUUCAGUAACGCAGACGACGGUGCAGACAGCGAUUCAAGCUCUGAUCUCUUUGAUUUACCAAGCCAUGAGUUAGAUUUCUACUCCAGUAGCCUGCCUGUCUAUGAAACAACCCAUCUCGACAGAAUCAAGAUUGGCACACAAAUCCCCAGCGCUGCCACAGUGUAACCAUAAUUAUUCCAUAUAAUUAAUGCUAAUUUUGGAGUUCAUAUUACAAUAUAAUAUUUCUUGGUAAUGGUUGGAAUCAAGAAUCAGGUCGCAGAUUCUGCCUUCUCUUUUUCUUUUUCAGUCUCUGAAAGUUGCUCACGAUUUGCAUCUUUAUGUACAGUUUAGAAUGUUUCCCUGUCUAUCAACUUUAGUGUAUUUCUUGUAUGCUUUUGGAAAUUGGAGGUAUGUGAUGGAGGUGGUUCAGGAUUAUUA